AUUCGAAUGCCUUUCAGAAGAAUCCAUUCACUGCCACAAAGCCUUCUGGGAUCCAGUCCUGCUCUGAAGAGAAACCAUUCUGAUUCCCUGGAUGGUGAUGCUUUUCAGCUGUUGGAACAAGAUGAAAACAAGGAGAAUGAACCGUUUGAGUUUAAGAAGCCAACCAAACCAGCUUCUCGUUGUUCUGUGCAUGUCCAUUCCCGUGGUGGAAAGGGUGUUCCUGGACCAAGGCAGAAUUCAUCUCCAGCUCAGAUAUUUCCCAUGGGUGAAACACCCAAGGGUGAACAGGAACAUUACGGGCCAGUUUUCCUGCAGAAGUCUUCUCUGACUUCCUCUGAAAGUGAAGAUGAUGAUGGAUUCCUGGAGCUGUUAGAUGACCAAGAUUUGAAGAAUGAUGAGGAGAUGCCAUCUGAUGUGGCAAGCCUCUGGACUGCACCACUAGUCAUGAGGAGAACAGACAAUCGGGCCAAACGAUGUCGGCUGUUUGGCUCUUCAUCUCUGCCUAGUGAUGUAGGAAGAACCACCCAGAAAAGAAUGGAGAGAUCCCAGGAAGAGAAUUCUCCAGGGAAAAGCAAGAAGAGGAAAAGCCUGACUGGAACAACUUCUGAGGACACAAUGAAUCUGAAAAUGGUGAAGACACAAUCCUCCACAGCAGAGAUCGAAAACAUUUUGGACACUGACCAGACAGACCUUAUUGGUGACUUCUCAAAGGGUUAUUUAUUCCACACUGUUGAUGGGAAACAUCAAGAUUUAAAAUAUAUCGACUCAGAAAUGAUUGUGUCUGUGCUGACUGGGAAGUUUGCAAACUUCAUCAAGGAAUGUGUGAUAAUAGACUGUAGAUACCCAUAUGAAUAUGAAGGAGGACACAUCAAGGGUGCGGUGAACCUACAUAUGGAAGAGGAUGUGGAAGACUAUUUGCUUAAGAAGCCAAUCAAGCCAUCGGAUAACAAACGAGUGAUAAUAGUGUUCCACUGCGAGUUUUCUUCGGAGCGGGGUCCUCGGAUGUGCCGGUUUGUGAGAGAACGGGACAGGCUGGGUAAUGAAUACCCCAACCUCCAUUACCCAGAACUGUACAUCCUUAAAGGGGGUUACAGGGACUUCUUCUUAAGAUGCCGUAGUUUCUGUGAGCCCCAGAGCUAUCGCCCCAUGCACCAUGAGGACUUUAAAGAAGACUUGAAAAGGUUCCGCACCAAAAGCCGAACCUGGGCUGGCGAGAAGAGCAAAAGGGAACUGUACAGUCGCCUGAAGAAGCUGUAA